AUGUUUUGGUUUUAUGUCCGUGAAUCAGCCUGGAAGAAUCCUUCAGACUUAUGUAAGGGCACAGAGCUCACCUGUCGGGACAAGUCUCUGAGGGAUGGUGCGGGGGAUGGGGGUGAGGAGGUGAGUGUGGGUGAUGGGAGUGAGGAGGUGAGUGCGGGUGAUGGGGGUGAGGAGGUGAGUGCGGGUGAUGGGAGUGAGGAGGUGAGUGCGGGUGAUGGGGGUGAGGAGGUGAGUGCGGGUGAUGGGAGUGAGGAGGUGAGUGCGGGUGAUGGGAGUGAGGAGGUGAGUGCGGGGGAUGGGGGUGAGGAGGUGAGUGCGGGUGAUGGGAGUGAGGAGGUGAGUGCGGGUGAUGGGGGUGAGGAGGUGAGUGCGGGUGAUGGGAGUGAGGAGGUGAGUGCGGGUGAUGGGGGUGAGGAGGUGAGUGCGGGGGAUGGGGGUGAGGAGGUGAGUGUGGGUGAUGGGAGUGAGGAGGUGAGUGCGGGUGAUGGGGGUGAGGAGGUGAGUGCGGGGGAUGGGGGUGAGGAGGUGAGUGCGGGUGAUGGGGGUGAGGAGGUGAGUGCGGGUGAUGGGAGUGAGGAGGUGAGUGCGGGUGAUGGGGGUGAGGAGGUUAGUGCGGGUGAUGGGAGUGAGGAGGUGAGUGCGGGUGAUGGGAGUGAGGAGGUUAGUGCGGGGGAUGGGGGUGAGGAGGUGAGUGCGGGUGAUGGGAGUGAGGAGGUGAGUGCGGGUGAUGGGGGUGAGGAGGUGAGUGUGGGUGAUGGGGGUGAGGAGGUGAGUGUGGGUGAUGGGGGUGAGGAGGUGAGUGUGGGUGAUGGGGGUGAGGAGGGGGAUGGGGGUGAGGAGGUGAGUGCGGGUGAUGGGAGUGAGGAGGUGAGUGUGGGUGAUGGGAGUGAGGAGGUGAGUGUGGGUGAUGGGGGUGAGGAGGUGAGUGCGGGUGAUGGGAGUGAGGAGGUGAGUGCGGGUGAUGGGGGUGAGGAGGUGAGUGUGGGGGAUGGGGGUGAGGAGGUGAGUGCGGGUGAUGGGAGUGAGGAGGUUAGUGCGGGUGAUGGGGUGCGGGGGAUGGGGGUGAGGAGGUGA